AUGAAUUCAAUAGGUCAAUUAAUGUUCCCGCGAUAUGCAAAGUUUUCUCCUACCCUAAAUGGAAAAAUAGCUAUAACAUCCAAGGUUUUAAAGCUUGCUUACGCCGAUCAUGGACCUGAAAUCGGUCUAUGUUUCAAUGGUGGUAAGGACUCAUCAGUAGUUCUUGACCUUGUCCGUCGUUUUCACGAAUCAGCUAAAAUUUCUACCCCAGUAAGGCCAUUUUUCAUCAAAGAAAAGAAUGAUUUUCCAGAAAUCACUGAAUUUGUUAAGCAAACAGAAGAGAGAAUUGGUGUCACAAUUCGUAAAGUUCAAUCAGAUUCCAUUAAAAACGCGAUCGAAAAAAUUGUUGAAGAAGACAGAAUUUAUUCAUUUUUCUUAGGCCAAAGAAAGACAGAUCCAAACUGCAGCAAUAUUAAGGAGUUUAAUCUUACAUCUGAUGAUUGGGUUCAUGCAAUGCGCAUUUUCCCUAUUCUUAAUUGGGCAUAUAAGGACAUUUGGGAGUAUAUUGAUGCUUUAGAACUUCCUGUGUGCUCUUUGUAUUCCAAAGGCUAUACUUCAAUCGGAAAUACUAAAAAUACUAUUCCAAAUCCAAGGCUCUACAAUCCAAAUACCAAGCAAUUCGCUCAUGCUCGCGAAUUAAAGGACGAAGCAGCCGAAAGACUCAGUCGUAUUGAUGUUUUAUAG